AAAAGUUUAAAGAGUUGCUCAAAGGCCUGGAGAAGAGGUGGACCAGGGUUCCGAGGUGGGCAAGCGCGCAGGAAGCGUGCCAGGAGAGCAACGAUGACCUUCGUCAGCGUGUCAGCGUCAAGUUCCGUUCGAUGUUCCCCUCGAGCACGAGGCUUCCAGGUGGUGAGGGCGGUUACCAGCACAACACUGCGAGAGAUGGCAGAUCGGUACUACGAUGCAGGCCGGCCUGCGCUCCCCAGGAAGGUCACGGGGAAGAGCGUUCAGACCUGGAGUGUGUGCACCUUGUCCAAAGUCGAUGACAGGUCUGAGUUGAUUCUGUCCUCAAGAGACACCCCACUUGCGGCCCAAGCGCCACCCACAGCGGUGCACUGGGUCAGGGUUGCUGAUCAGGACAGUUUACAACCCGCGAUUUUGGAGCGUAUUAUUUGCGAGUGAGCGAUUCAGCUCACUCCCGCCCAGCAGAGAUUUUGAUGGCAAGGCUCGGCCUUGUCCCUCUGCAAACUGAAAUUUUUUAGAUGCCUAAAAGCAGCUGCAACCGGCAAAGCUGGUUCAGAUGUGCAUGGAGGAGCAUCAGGGAGAGGUUUUACAUCCAAAGCAAGUCUCAGGCAAGCAGUGAAAUUAUCUUUUAAUGACCAUGGUACUGGCACCAUCGUCCCUACCUUUUGCAGCCUACUGGUAUUUGAAGAUACUGCAAUCUGUGAGAGUCGCAUGAGGAUUUUCUGGCAAGGGCUUGAUGCUGCAUCAUGCGGACAUGUGUCAAUUUUGGCUGGACGAAUGCAAUUUGCACGGUAGCAAGCUUGCAGCGGCGCUUGAGUUUUGUUUACGUGUUCCUGCUCGUCUUGGGCGCAAUUUUGGAUCUAUCGUAUUAUUUGGAGAGCCAUCUAUGUGUGACAACUACAGCAUAUGUGCAAAAUGCUGCAUGCUGUUUUAUUAGGGUAGAUCAUGCUGUACAUUUUGAAAGGACCUGGCAAAUCUGAACGGAUUGUUCCAUUCCGGGUUCUGUCCCAUGGCCAUCAUGAGUUGGUUGCAGGCAGCUGAGAGUAUGUGUGCAUUCGGCAUCAAGUCAUCAAAGUGUGUAGCACAAACUGUUUAGAAAACAUUGUCGGCCCUCGGGUUAAUUGGCAGUUCGGAGUUGUGUGAGGAUCCUUGGGAAAUUUGGAUAAAUGAGCAUGAUAAGAAAAGGUGAGUGGCAUUUAUGGCUGAAGAGGAUCCUACAUGUGUAAGAGUAUGCAC